AGGAAAUACUUAGGGUGAGCAAUACAGAGGAUUUCUCAUUCAAGACCACCACCAAUAACGAUUGCAUGUAUUACAGUUAAAAAUGUCAGGCCGAAGAGUGGUGGUCUUCCCUUCAGGAGCAGAACUGGGACCAGCUUUAGCCCAAAUGGUGUCUUCUCGUGCAGAGAAAGCUAUUGGUGCUGGUAGGAGCUUCUCUCUUGGCCUCUCUGGGGGCAGUUUAGUGUCUAUGCUCAGUAAAGAGCUGAUUGCUCUGCCCAGUCUAGACUUCAGUCGAUGGAUAGUUGGGUUUUGUGAUGAAAGACUGGUUCCAUUUGAUGACCCAGAGAGCACCUAUGGGUUGUAUAAGAAUCAAUUUUUCUCCAAAGUAAACAUUCCAGAGGACAGGAUUUUGGCCAUAGACCCAUCCUUAUCAGUGCAAGAGUGUGCAGAUGAUUAUGCCAACAAACUGAAAAAGGCAUUCGACACCGAUCAAACCCCCGUGUUUGAUAUGCUGUUGCUGGGAAUGGGACCCGAUGGGCACACUUGCUCUCUCUUUCCAGGGCACCCCUUACUGCAGGAGAAUCAAAGAACCGUGGCCCCUAUCAGUGACUCUCCCAAACCUCCCCCUCAGCGAGUUACCAUGACACUGCCUGUGGUGAACGCCGCUCGCUGUGUUGUUUUUGUGUCCACUGGGGGCAGCAAAGCCCCUGUGCUAAAGCAAGUGUUGGAGGAUGGGGAAGGUGUUCCACUUCCUGCAGCUCUUGUCAGACCAAGCCAGGGAGAGCUCUUCUGGCUGGUAGAUGAGCCUGCAGCAGCAUCCUUAACGCUUCAGGUGGAGAGACCAGGCCCUGGAGCCAAGCUUUGAGGCCAAGAAAACUGUAGAUGAAGAGUUGGCACAGUGCAUCCAGGAUGCCUGUUCAAUUUGUAACAUUUUAAACAAUGGGCAAACAUUACAGGCAACUUCUCUGUAUUUCAGUUUCAUCAUAAUGUCAUACUGACAGUAUAUUUGUGGACAUCCCCAGUUUUUGUGUGACACACAUUUGAAAUGUGUAAAUGGCAACGGUUUCGUGGAAAAAGGAAAUAUUUUGGAAAAGAAAACUGAGGUGUAUUGAAACUUCUGUGUUGCCCUAGAAGGGUGUUUUCUAUCGCAUGAUUAAUUAACUUUUUGUUCCCUGUGAAGAGGCUGAGUAAGAAUUAA